UCGAGGCCGGGCUCCCGCGCCCACGGCCCCCGUCUCCCCCGGAACCUCAGGUGCAGCCGGCGAAGGUAGCGAAAGCCUCCGCGAAACCUGCCCAGCGAGCGAGCGUCUCUCCCCGAAGCCUGCCGGGGAGCCAGGCUGGGCCCGGCUGCCCCGAGAUGAGAUGGAGCUGGGGGCCCGGGUCCCCCGCGCUCCACCUCCUCCUCCUGCUGCUAGCGCUUCUGAUCGAGCCAGGCGCCGGCAAUGAGGGCAGCAGAAUGGGAAGCUGUUUUUGUCAUAAAGUCAUGGACUCUCCUCCACCGGUUAAACUCAUGGAAAGUAUCCGACAAAAACUGAAAGGUCAUGCUUCCUGUGGCGGCUAUGUCAGGUUUCAAAUAGAUUCCUGGAGGGUCUGCGGGGGCAGCAAAGAGCCCUGGGUGCUUGAACUGACCAGCUGCUUUGAUCGGAAAGAAUGUGGACAUGCUUACUCUGAGAGAGUGGUCCAGCAGGAGCAUUCACCUCCCCACAGCACCCCAAUUCCCGAGUCCACUGAAGGGGCACCUGCCGUCACAGACAUCCCUGCUCAGACGUACCUGCCUCUCACCCUGCAGUCCACCCAGCAGCCUACCUUUCCUGUACCAACACUGUCCUUGGAUACAAAGCUCAUCCACUCCCCCGAAACCACUGCUUCCUCUGUGGGCCACAAUCUAGAGACUGGGCCUGCAGCUGGGGCGAACCAGAAGCAGCUGGAAGGAAAUGUGGAUCCUACACCUGGGAUAUAUGUCACAGUGCCAGUGCUUUUGGCCAGCUUCUUCCUCACUGCAGUCCUUCUCUAUGGGCGGUGUAAGAGGAGAAGUAAUCAGUCACCGCAGUACUCUCCAGAUUUGCAGCUUCAAUAUAUUCCUGUGGCCCCAUAUUCCAACACUUGGGCUAAGAAUGGGAGCUUGUGAGGGUAGAAAAUGUGAUUCAUUCACUAUCAGAAACAUCUGAUAAACGGGAACAUUCUCUCUGGCACAUAGUAGGCACUCUGCACAUAUCUGUUACUGUUUAACCAGCCACUGCCCUGUUGGAAUUUUCUUUUGCUUUUCUUUUUGUCUUUACAUUGUGUAAAAUUCUGAAUGUGUAUUAUUUUUACUAAAAGUUAUUUUUCUAA